AUGGAGAUGAUGAUGAAGAAGAAGAGCCGUCAGUGUGUCGCGACGUUCGUCUUGUUUUGGGGCACGAACGUGUUUCGCGACGCGAUACUCUCGAACUUGGAACUGCGAAACGGAAGCACGACGUUUCGUUACUGGCUACGGCCACCCGUCGAUCUCACCGUGAGCGUGUACGUUUUCAACUAUACCAAUCUGAAGGAGUUCGAGAGCGGGAACGCGAGCAAGCUGCGCGUGCAAGAGGUCGGUCCGUUCGUCUAUCGCGAGAGACUGCGUCGCGUGAACGUGCAGCUUCACGAGAACGGGACGGUCUCGUAUCAGGAGAAGAGGAGUUUUCGUUGGGUGUCCGGCAGUUCGGAGACGGAGAAAGUGACGGUGCCGAACGUUCCGUUGCUCGCCGCGCUCGCUUUCGUUCGCGACGAGAAAUACGUGGUGCAACUUCUCGCGACGACCUUGCUGUCCAGCAUCAGGGCUAAACCGUUCGUCGAGUUGACGGUCGGCGAAUACCUCUGGGGCUACGAGGACGAGCUCCUUCGACUCUUCAAACUGAUCUCGUCGUCGCUGAAGCAACCGAUGCCCUACGAGAAGUUCGGCAUUCUCGCGAUGAAAAACGGAGUCAGCGCGGAUCGUAUCACGAUGCACACGGGCGUCGCGGACCUCGAAAGGCUCGGGCUGAUUCAACGGAUCAACGGCAUGGAGAGCCAUCGGGUAUGGGGCGACGAACGCUGCGACCGAGUGUACGGCACCGAUGGCACCAUGUUUCCACCCCACUGGAUCGAACAGCCGAACAACACGCUCUACGUGUACGCGAACGACGUCUGCAGGCAACUACCGCUCGUCUACGAUCGUCGCGGUUUCUCCAACGGUAUCCCGACUCUCAGGUACAAAUUACCGAGCAACGUUUUCGCGUCGCCUAGCAACAAAGACUCGUGUUUUUGCCCGAAGGAAUCUCGCGAUUCGACAGCCAGAAGAUGUCCACCGGCCGGUACGUUGAACGUUUCCGCGUGCAAGUUCGGUAGCCCGAUGAUCGUCUCUUUUCCGCACUUUUACGCGGGCGACGAGUCGUUGUUCCAGAAAAUCGACGGACUGAAUCCUAGGCGAGAACGUUACGAGAGUUACGUCGAACUUCACCCGCGUUUGGGCAUCGUGGUCGGCGCCAAGAUGGGAUUUCAGCUGAAUCUCGAGGUAAGGAAAGCGAUCGGCGUUCCCUUUUCCGGCAACCUGGAGGACGGCUCGAUCCUACCGCUCGUCUGGAUCGAUUCGAGCGUCGAGGACGUGCCGGAGUCGAUGCAGCAGAUCUUUUACCGCAGCCAUUACCUCGUGAACGCCAUCGAAGCGGGAUUUCAGUGGUGCAGCCUCGUCGCGGUGAUCCUCUCGUUCGGCGCCCUGUUCGCCGCCAUUAGGAGGGAUCGUCGUCGAUCGAGCAAAUCGAAACCGAACGCGGCGCCGCUCACCGAACUCACCGAACUCGCCGAACCGUGAAACUCGAUCUCUGUCUCGAUCUCCGUCUCCGUGUCGUUGUUCUCUGCGAUUCGAGUGUUUUAUGAAAAAAAAUUGACGAUUACCUCGUUU